AUGUUCGGUAAGUCUUCAUCGUUUCCGGUUGCGUCAACUACAAACUAUUCUUAUGCGCUUCGCAUGAAAGUUGAAAAAGUCGCAAUCAAAGCUCUUCUGUGUCGCUGUGGAGAAAUCACACGUAAAUGCAAAGGAAGGGCAGCCCAACGAAAAAUCCGUCAAAGUCAUCAGGACUCGGGGAACAAUAUUUUGUUGGAAAAUCGACAGACUAUAUUUACACAUAGGUCUGCUUCAUUUACCACCAAACCACAUCCGAUGAGCACCGUAAAAAAUUUGGAAGACCAACCGUGGUAUCAUGGACUGCGUCCGCGAAGAGAUAUACUAAGUUUACUAAAUCAACCCGGAGAUUGGCUUGUCAGAUCGACCGAUUCACGAGAGAUUCCAGAAAUAAUUAUAUCGCUCAAAAAUGAGAAAAGUCAACAUUCACAUCUAACGCUCAAAUUCGAGCAUGGGAAAUGGGCGCUCGGAGCACUGAUGAAGAAAAAAGGCUGCCCAAAAUUCAAUAGUGUAGUCGAACUCAUCGAAUACUAUCAGACGCAUGACCUCCCAGGUCGACUAAAAAUGAAGAAGGCCAUCUAUCGGCCUAAAUGGCUCAUUAAGCAUUCAUCUUGCACUUUUGACAUGGAAAAGGAUCUCAUUGGUACCGGAAAUUUCUGCAAAGUGUACAAAGGGACAUAUGAAAGGGAACCAAGCGAUGAGAUCCAAGUAGCAAUUAAGAUAUGCCAUGGAGCUUCGGUUGACAUGGUGACAGAAGAAUCCAAACAGGCGAGGGAAUCGAUGAUCCACGAGGCCCAUCUGAUGAGUUUUUAUGUUCACCGAAAUGUCAUUCAGCUGUAUGGUGUUGCCUGUGACCAUUACCCGGUGAUGAUCGUUAUGGAGUUUUGCCCCGGUGGUAACCUACAGGAUCAUUUGAAAAAAUAUAAGGAGAAAAUACAAGUAAAUGAAUUGGUGUGCUAUGCUGCAGAGACAGCUCGCGGAAUGCGAUACCUCCAUUCGAAAUCUUGCGUGCAUCGUGAUCUCGCAGCUAGAAAUUGUCUAAUUUCAGAGGAUGGGCUUAUAAAGAUAUCCGACUUCGGAUUGUCGAAAAUAGCUGAGGAAUUAGUUGGAACAAAGCAAGAAGAAGGAGAACCAGCUCUGGAACAAAUCCCGCUGCGAUGGAUGGCUCCCGAGUGUCUAAAGCGCCCGCAGUUAUGGUCACUUAAGAGCGAUGUUUGGAGCUAUGCCGUUCUCCUAUAUGAAAUAUUUAACGAAGGCGGAAAACCGUGGCCAGACGAUCCACCGAAGAAAAUCGCAACACACAUUAGGAAAGGAAAAAUGCCUGAUUAUCCUGCCAAGACUCCAACACAGUUCAGGCACCUGAUGGCAAAAAUUUGGAAUUUGAACCCCGAUGAGCGUCCUACGAUGGAUGACAUUUCUAAAACAAUCUGUGAACUCAGAAGGACGCAUUACAAACUGUUGGAUCCAACGAAGAUUAUCAUUAAAAGACUUGCCACGCCGUCCGCUACCAGAUCUAAAACUGAAACAAUUGCGGAAGACUCCGACGAAGGCUCGGUUCGGAGCAAUAGGGGCAAACGGAAAAGCAAAGAGAAGGAAUGA